GUGGGGACGCCCAACGCGUCGUCCGGCGCGGAGCUGGGCCGACCCUGGCAGCUGUCUCCAGCUUGGUUGCGUGAGCCGCGGGGUUCGCGUCCAUUCUCUCCGCCCUUCGCCCUUCGCCUCGUCCCAGCCUCCGGGCCCGGCGCCGGCGUGUCAUGGUGCGGUCGGCGCGGCCUGCGCGGCCCCGCUGAGCCUCCGCGGCGGCGAGCGCGGCUCGGGGUCACCAUGCCUACCCGAGUAUGUUGCUGCUGUUCCGCUUUGCGUCCUCGCUACAAACGCCUGGUGGACAACAUAUUCCCUGAAGAUCCCAAAGAUGGGCUUGUUAAAGCCGAUAUGGAGAAAUUGACAUUUUAUGCAGUAUCUGCUCCAGAGAAACUGGAUCGAAUUGGUUCUUACCUGGCAGAAAGGUUGAGCAGGGAUGUUGUCAGACACCGUUCUGGGUAUGUUUUAAUUGCUAUGGAGGCACUGGACCAGCUUCUUAUGGCUUGCCAUUCUCAAAGCAUCAAGCCAUUUGUAGAAAGCUUUCUUCAUAUGGUCGCAAAGCUGCUGGAAUCAGGGGAACCAAAGCUUCAAGUUCUUGGAACAAAUUCUUUUGUCAAAUUUGCCAACAUCGAGGAAGACACACCGUCCUAUCACAGGCGUUAUGACUUUUUUGUGUCUCGCUUCAGUGCCAUGUGUCACUCCUGUCACAGUGAUCCAGAAAUACGAACAGAAAUUCGAAUUGCUGGAAUCAGGGGUAUUCAAGGCGUGGUUCGCAAAACAGUUAACGAUGAACUUCGGGCCACCAUUUGGGAACCCCAGCAUAUGGAUAAAAUUGUUCCAUCCCUGCUCUUUAACAUGCAGAAGAUAGAAGAGGUUGACAGUCGCAUAGGCCCUCCUUCCUCUCCUUCUGCAGCUGACAAAGAGGAGAAUCCUGCUGUGCUGGCUGAAAACUGUUUCAGAGAGCUGUUGGGGCGAGCAACUUUCGGAAACAUGAAUAAUGCUGUUAGACCAGUUUUUGCGCAUUUAGAUCAUCACAAACUCUGGGAUCCUAAUGAAUUUGCAGUUCACUGCUUUAAAAUUAUAAUGUAUUCUAUUCAGGCUCAGUAUUCUCACCAUGUGAUCCAGGAGAUUCUAGGACACCUUGAUGCUCGUAAAAAAGAUUCUCCACGGGUCAGAGCAGGUAUUAUUCAGGUUCUGUUAGAGGCUGUCGCCAUUGCUGCUAAAGGUUCCAUAGGGCCCACCGUGCUGGAAGUCUUUAACACUCUGUUGAAGCAUCUGCGUCUCAGUGUCGAGUCUGAAGCGAACGAUUUGCAGGGGGGACCUGCAGGCAGUGCCGCCUUAAACACGGCUUCCAAAGACAAUGACGAGAAGAUUGUGCAGAACGCUAUCAUCCAGACAAUAGGAUUUUUUGGGAGUAACCUACCAGAUUAUCAGAGGUCAGAAAUCAUGAUGUUCAUUAUGGGGAAAGUGCCUGUGUUUGGAACAACCACGCAUACUUUGGAUAUCAGUCAGCUAGGGGAUUUGGGAACCAGGCGGAUUCAGAUAAUGUUGCUGAGAUCUUUACUUAUGGUCACCUCUGGAUACAAAGCAAAGACGAUUGUUACCGCACUGCCUGGGUCCUUUCUGGACCCUUUGUUAUCACCGUCCCUCAUGGAAGACUAUGAGCUGAGACAGUUGGUCUUGGAAGUAAUGCAUAAUCUCAUGGAUCGCCAUGACAACAGGGCAAAGCUUCGAGGCAUCAGAAUAAUACCUGAUGUAGCUGACCUAAAGAUCAAAAGAGAAAAAAUUUGUAGACAAGACACAAGUUUCAUGAAAAAGAAUGGGCAGCAGCUGUAUCGGCACAUAUAUUUGGGCUGUAAGGAGGAGGACAAUGUUCAGAAAAACUACGAGCUGCUUUAUACUUCUCUCGCACUUAUAACUAUUGAGUUGGCCAAUGAAGAAGUGGUUAUUGAUCUCAUUCGAUUAGCCAUUGCUUUGCAGGACAGCGCGAUUAUCAACGAGGAUAAUUUGCCGAUGUUCCACCGCUGUGGGAUCAUGGCGCUGGUUGCUGCGUACCUCAACUUUGUAAGUCAGAUGAUAGCUGUCCCUGCAUUUUGCCAGCAUGUUACCAAGGUUAUUGAAAUUCGAACUAUGGAAGCCCCGUAUUUUCUGCCAGAGCAUAUUUUCAGAGAUAAGUGCAUGCUUCCAAAAUCUUUAGAGAAGCAUGACAAAAAUUUAUACUUUUUGACCAACAAGAUUACAGAGUCACUAGGUGGAAGCGGCUAUAGUGUCGAGAGAUUGUCCGUUCCAUAUGUACCACAAGUAACAGAUGAAGAUCGACUUUCCAGGAGAAAGAGCAUCGUGGACACUGUGUCCAUUCAGGUGGAUAUUUUACCCAGCAACAUCCCUUCCGAUGAUGUGGUUAGUAACACUGAAGAAAUCACCUUUGAAGCAUUAAAGAAAGCAAUUGAUACCAGUGGAAUGGAAGAACAGGAAAAGGAAAAGAGGCGUCUCGUGAUAGAGAAAUUCCAGAAAGCACCUUUUGAAGAAAUCGCAGCACAGUGUGAAUCCAAAGCAAAUCUGCUCCAUGAUAGACUUGCUCAAAUACUGGAACUCACCAUCCGUCCUCCUCCCAGUCCGUCAGGGACACUGACCGUCACUUCUGGGCAUGCCCAAUACCAGUCUGUCCCAGUCUAUGAGAUGAAGUUCCCAGAUCUGUGUGUGUACUGAGUGGCUCGGGAAGACCUCGGCAUCGGAUUUUAAAGCCUAAAAAUUAAGGUCAGGCUGUUUUCAGGGAUUGCUUAAUGCGUAGUAACGUCCUUCUUGAAGAUAACGAUGGACUUUAUCUUUAACCAAAUGCUUGGCAUACCGUAUUAGAAAUUUUGAAACUAUAUAUGAUUUUAGAGUACUUUUGAAGAUAGAUUUAUGCCAUGUUAAUUUCCUUUGUGGUUCCUGUUGGCUUUGAAGGUGAACAUGUAUUGGUAUCACAUUAUUUCAUUGUUAAACAGUGUAUUUUAAACUUCUCACAAUUAUGUGAUUUUUUAAAAAAAAUUAAGCCUUCCAAGGAUUGAAGAUGUAUGAAAUGUCUAAUGUAUUUCUUAAACAUCUAUCUACACAACUGCUCAGAAGUAGAAUUGCUUUUGUAUUUGGUUGUCUGCAAAAGCAAAAACAUACACGUGUAUUCUAAUCCUGGGACUGCAAAACUGCUCUGUGGCUUUUUGUCCCUAUGUUUUAGAUGCUGCGAAAGGCAUCCCUCGAUUUGUUUACCGUGAUAAUAUGUGAUAGACAUUCCUCCGCUUGUUUAUGGUAUGACAUUUACAGAAUAAUAUUCCUAGAAUAUGACCCUAAAAUCGCCAUACUGUAAAGUGUCUAGUUCUUGUAAUACUGUAUUUUCUGCCAAGAGUUUAACAAUUCUACUUGAGAGGCUUAGAGCUUACUCUUGGAAUACUGAACUGUGCAAUAUUUUUUACAUCGUAAGAUGUAUUAGUUUACAGACUUUGCUUUGAAAUAUUAGUAGUAUUUUGCUGUGGCUCCAUUAAUUAAAUGACUAUAUAUUUAGUAUAGAAAAAAAAAAUUUAAAACAGCUACUAGUUCACCUGUGAAGAGUUUACAUUUUGAUUUUUAUUAAAAGCACAUUAGUUUGCCAUUCUAUGUUGUGCAUCUUUUUAAAUCUUCAUAGUCAGAAAAUUACAAAAAUGGAAUUUUUAUUUGUAAAAUUUGAACUGUCACUUGUAUGCAUCUCUGUUUAGGAUUUCUUAUAUAACGUUCGAAAAGGGUGCCUGUGGUUUAGCGAUCAGGUGUGCUAAAGAUUGUUACUGUAAGUGUCUGUUGAUUCAAGCCACCAAGAUUACACGUACCGACACUCUACACGUGCCGACAGACCCGUAGUGUUUUCUUAAAAUCAUAUACAACUUGGUGAAUCCCGUCAUAUGGCAAAACGAGCAGCUUUCUUUGCAGCUCUUAUUCUCUUGGGUGUUUUUAUAAAAUAACCUGUUUAUCAUUUUACCUUUCCAGAUUUUAUUUUUUUUUACCGAAAAAAUGUACAUAUCAAAAAUUGUAGCUCAAAAAACAAUUCAGUUCUUAGCUUUAGUUUUUGUUUAAAAAAUUGCAGAAAAGAAAGGCAUAUUAAUAGCUUUCUGUUUCUGGUUAGUUGGGCACCUGUAGUAGAAACAAAAAAGUAAGGAAGCAUACUAGACAUUUUUUGAGUAUUUGAACCAAAGUACAGCAUCUUGAAACAUCUUGCAAAAGAUCUUAGUUACUUAAACCUAUGAAAUGAUACUCAAACAUCCCGAGCGCUUUGUUAAAUGUAGAUGACGAAGACCUUGUUUUCAGAGUCAUGGUGCAGUCGCCCCUGGGGUCAGAUGGCCCUGUUGCAGCUGUCACUGUAACUUUGUCUCGUGAUCAGCUAAAAUGUUUCACCAUUUAAUAGGCUAAUGUUUAUGAUUUUUAUUUUCCUUUUUUUUUUUAUCUAUUUUUAAAGGAUAUUAAUUUUUGACUGCGUUUAAAAAAAACAGGGGGACAUGCAAAAACAAUCAUCAUCCACUUGGAUGUCGUUUUAUAGAUUAACACUGUGUGCUUUUGUAUGAAAAAAUAUCUAAUUUAAUAGAAUAAGAAAAGAUAUAUAUUUGUUUGCACUCAUGUGGAACAAACUUUGCUCUAUAAAAUUUCAUGUUUUUCUCUGAUUUAUAAAUGCAUGUAUUGCAUGUAAAGGGAAAUCAUUUCAGUUAAUGUUUAUCACACCUUUUUUAUUGGUCUGUUUGUAAACUGUUGAUUUGGGUUUUGUGAGGUUUUCCUUGUUGCUGUGUUUAAGGCACAGUAGACUUCUGUAUAUUCUAGGUUACUAAUGUGGCCUUGUUAAAAGCGAUGCCCAAGGAAAGGCUCUUUCCUUUGGCUUGUCCCUCCCCGGAGCCUGCAAGUGGUAGGUGUGCUGUGCUAUAGCCAGUUGGCAGACGGAGAGUUUAGGAUAUGUCGAAGCUCACACUGUAUUGCUAUAUUUUUGUAGAUAUUUAAAACUUGUAAUAAACCGUUAAUCACUCUCUUUUUGCUGUAUGUAGUUGCUUAUAUCACUUUUUUUCUUGACAUUGAAUAGUUAACAUUUAAAUAUUCCUCCUAUACUUGCGUUGUCCUUGACUGCUUAUAUAGGGUUUAAUUGUUGAGGGAGUUCACCUGAACACACACACUCGCACACUCACACACUCACACACUUCCUUAAUGCUUUUCUAUUCAUUAUCUUUUGGAAUAAUACUGCACUUUACCAGCAAUUAACUUCUCCUCCUCAAAAUAUUUCUCUUCUUCUGUCUGAAAAUGGAACUAACGUAUCUAAUUCAUGCCGAUAUAUGUAAUAAAUGUAAUGAAAUGAGCUUUUUGAAAUGUAAAAAUUCACUGUGCAGUUAAUUCAUAUGUAAGCAAUAAAACAAAAUCAAAAUA